AUGUCGACACUAACCAAACAGCAAUUCUAUGAAACGUUGGUGCAUACGUGGUGGCCAGAGGAUAAAAUCACAACCUUCAAUAAGUGUAGAGUGUUGGUGUGUGGAAUGGGUGGACUUGGAUUGGAAGUGGCAAAGAAUUUACUCCAAAAUGGAAUUGAACAAUUAACACUGAUGGAUUCAAAGAUGGUUUCGUAUGAGGAUUUGGCAGAUUUUUAUUCGAUUGUUGCCGAUUCGAAGGAGGAAGAAGUGAUUGGAAGAAAUAGAGCGGAGAGAGCAAUGAUUGUGUUGAAUGGAUUGAAUCCAUUUGCAAAAAUUAAUGUGAAAGAUGGUCAAGUUGACAGCUUGGCAGGUGAUGUGCAGUUUUUGAAAGAGUUUGAUUUUGUUAUUUGUACUGAACAUUCUCUUUCAUCACUGAUUGAUUUGGCUCAAAUCUGUCACGAUAAUAAUAUUAAAUUCGUGGCAUCCGACAUGAAGGGCUUAUCAAGUUUAAUAUUCUAUGAUAUGGGCGAACACAAAAUCAAAGAUCUGAACCCUGGCUUCAAAGAAGGUUGUUCAAUUAAGGAUAUCGUCAAUGGAAACCCAACAAAAAUUGAUCUUUUCCCAGAUGAUGAAUUUAAUAAGGAAGAGGGAAUGAAUGUUCAUCAAAAUAUUGUCUUUAGAAAUGUUAGGGGAAUGACGGAAUUGAAUGAACACAAGGCGGUUAGAAUCAAAUCAAAGAUUGGAAAUCGAGUGGUUGUAGAUUUGGAUUCUACUAAUUUUGGAAAAUUCGAAUUGGGGGAUGGCUCAGCAUAUUUCAUGAAAU